GGUGAAUGAGAUUGAAUCGGGAUCUAACCCUGGACGGCCGAGUUUCCUCUGCCAAUAAUUAGAACAUACUCGUUACUGUGAUGUGGUACGACGACAACCGAUGGCCUAUCUGGGCGAGGCCCAAGGAAAGCUGGCAUUGCUUAAGCGUUUCGCUGACCACGAGCGUACGCCCAAUGGCUAUGGGAUCCGCUGGGACCUCUUUGGGGUCCAUGGGUCCUCCCGCACCCUGGAAUCAACCGGAUGAUUGGACGUGGAAACGUUUAAGAGGUGGGAGCUGGCUGCGAUGACCAUCCGCACAGUCAAAGAAUUGCCCAUAGCCGAUGGUGUGAUGCAUUUCACAACCUUAGCAGACUUGUCUCCUUGAGAAGGGAAAGAACCGCUGUGGUAUGCCGAUAUUAUGAGAGGGUAUGAAUACUGGC